AUGGCGAUAGAGAGCGUUGAUGUUGAACUUUUGACUGAUCUAGUUGGUGAUAUUCUCGCGAGAAUCAACAUCACAACUGUGAACAAGUGUAUUGUUUCUUCUAAAGAAAUGGUGAAGAUGAUGAGUUCGAGAGAGUAUUCAUUGCUAUUCCAGGGAAAACAUGAGGACAAACCUUCCAAGGUUUUGUUUAUGGGGAGUAGGAACAAGGAGUUUAAGGAUCGUUAUCACAACGUAUGGAUCUAUAAUCCUACAUCUGGUGAGCUCAGGAAGCCUCCUAGGUUAGCUACCAACUUCGACAGAUUUGUCUUGAUGACCAUGACCAGAAAAUAUUUCUUAGGCUCUGUCUCUGGCCUCUUCAAAGCACUAGCUGUGACCAGGGCAGGGGAAGAAACUACGUACCUGUUAUGUCUUUACUUUGGGUGA